AUGGCCGAGGAUGCAAACCCCGCCGCAUCGCGAAUCAAUUCGGUCCCUCGAAACAUGCCAUCCGCAGAUGCUGCUCCAAAUGCUUCUGCAUCCCCACAUACAGAGAGAGAUGAACAGGCCGAUGUAAAGCCUGAAAACGCGUUGGCUGGGACGAAAGCCGCCGCUUCUGAAAAUCCUGAAUCCCCUGCCACAGAGGCUGCCAAGCCCGAGCCGCCUGCCGGAACACAAGAGCAAGAUACGGAUGAGAGCGGCGUUGCGGUAGAAGAGACAGCUGAAGUUGCUGCCCCCACCGGAGAUGGCGCCAAUGGAACCCCAUCUGCUUCCAAAAAAUCCAGUAACGGAAAACGCAAAUCGACAGGAGGCGUUGACAGCAAGGGGAAAAAAUUGAACAAGAAAAAGUCUGCAGCUCGAAUUACACACCUGGAUGCCAAGCCAGGAGAAUACUACACUGCUCGUCUGAAAAGCUAUGCGCCCUGGCCGUCGAUAAUAUGUGAUGAGGAGAUGCUCCCCCCUUCUCUUUUGUCGACGCGCCCGGUUACUACGAAACAGAAGGACGGUACAUACAAGGAGGCUUACAGUGACGGCGGCAAACGUGUGCAUGAGCGAACGUUUCCAAUUAUGUUCUUGUACACAAAUGAAUUUGCUUGGAUUCCAAACACCGACCUAACGCCUCUCGACCCGGAGUCCUGCAAAGAUGUGAAUGAAAAGGGAAAAACGAAGAGCCUGGUUGAGGCUUAUCGUGUAGCCGCCGAGAACCAUGAUCUUCAAUAUUUUAAAGAUAUGCUUGCGGACCAUCAGCGGGCGUUAGAGCAAGACCAGGAGGAACGUGAAGCUCGCGCGGCAGCAAAGGCGGCUAAGCAAGAGAAGAAAAAGCGGAAGAGCAUGGAUGUGGCUGAUGAGCAAGAAGAUGAGGCAGCGGAUGUUGGAACCGAGAAACGAAAGAGCACGAAGAAACGGAAGAAGGACGUUGAGAGCGAUGCUGAGAGCGACAAGCCCGCAAAGACCCCCAAAACUGCCACUAAACUAAAAUUGACCACGCCCAAGACUCCAGCGACCGGUGAGUCAGGAAAGAAAACUUCCGCAAAACCAGCAAAAACGAAGGUCACCAGUGCCAAAAAGGCCAAAAAGGAAGCCAAGGCAACAAGUGAUGGAGAUACCGCUGAAGCUUCAAAGGAGAGCGAAGUUGAAAAGCCGCUUAAUCCGCAGGAAGCCAAGCUGAAGAAGGAGAAAGAAGUUUUGUAUCUUCGCCACAAACUCCAAAAAGGGUUCCUCACACGUGACCAGGCACCCAAGGCGGAGGAAAUGGCUUCAAUGUCUAAUUUCAUCCAAAAACUGGAGUCGUAUGCCGAUCUUGAAGUCAGCAUCAUCCGCAAAACCAAGAUCAACAAAGUCCUGAAGGCCAUCAUCAAACUAAACUCGAUCCCCAAGGACGAGGAAUUCAACUUCCGCCGCCGCUCCAUCAACAUCCUAAAUAAAUGGACAACCCUACUGGAUUCCGAUAUCCCCCCUGCAAGGGAGAAGGAAGAACAGGAGCCGAAGUCUAAGCCAAAGGCAAAUGGCCACAAGCAGGUCAAUGGGCAGAAGAUGGAAGAGGCAACUGAUGCGAAUGACGGCGCUGCUGUUGGUGCUACUACCCAGGCGGAUGAAGAUGAGAUCAUGCCAGAUGCCCCAGAGGUCAAGACUCCGGCGGACGGUGAGAAGUCAGGAUCGCUUCUUGCCAAAGGAGAAGCGGAGGCUAUGGAGGUCUAA